AUGAAGCAAAAACAAAGAAAUGCUAUUGAUUUGGGUCAUGAUGCUGAGACGAAUCCAGAGGAGCGCAGGAGACUUCAGGAAAACAUCCGGCAGUGGAACUCAAACCGACUCAGCCUGUUUGAGAUCACUGAACCUGAUGAGGAUUCUGUAUUUCAUGGAGUUAUUCGUUUCCACCUCCAAGACCAUAUUUCAGGGAACUGUGCCACAAAAUGCAUUUGUAUCUCAAGUGCUUCUACCACACAAGAGGUCAUUGAAACCCUGCUGGAGAAGUUUCAACACGAUGGGACCUCACAGCUUUUCUCAUAUUCAUUGUAUGAGGUCUUAAAAAAUCAAGAAGAAAGAAAACUGGACCUUUCAGAAAAGCCCUUGGUGGUUCAACUCAACUGGAAUAAAGACACAGAUGGCAGAUUUGUCUUGAGGAAUGAUAGUUGUGUAACUUUACAGGAUGGCUGUUUGGAAAAUAAGGAAAAAGUUGGGGUACUUGAAAAUUUCAAGAGGACAUUAUCAAAGAAAGAGAAGAAAAAUAAACAGAAGAAAAAUGUUUCUAGCAGUCACACGUUAGAGAACAGUGUCUCUGGCAGUAAAACAAACAGUGUGACACAAGACUACUUGGAAGUAAAAUGGAAUCUCCCGCUCAGCAUUUCUUUAAAGGAAAAAGAUGAGGAUUCAUUCUUGCUUGCUGUGAUAAAUGACAUUAACAGCUCCACGAUUCACUUUAAGCUCUCGCCCGCGUAUGUGUUUUAUCUGGUUGGGCGAUUUUUAACCAGCCAUAAACCUACGCAGACUGAACAGAAAGUCUGCGUGAUAUUUGACAAGAUUGUGCACUUGAUUCAAGGCGUCGUUCAGAAACAGAGGAACAUCGCAGUGGCUCUUGCCUUCUGGAUGGCCAACACAUCUGAGCUCCUGAACUUCAUCAGACGGGACAGAGAUCUGUGUCCCAUCACGCUCCAGGCUCAAAAUACUCUCUCUCAACUUGUGCAGCAGGCUUUCAGGUACCUGUCACAUCGGCUUCAGGUUGAUCUUGAAAAUCAAUUACCUGCAUUCUUUGCUGAUGUAAAAAAGGAAAUGGCUCAGGCAAAAGAAAUGGAAGGCGUCUUGAACUCUCUCAUAAAGAGCAUGAGUUUGCUCCGAAGGUGUCGGGUCAACCCUGCUCUGAGCAUCCAGCUUUUUUCUCAGCUCUUUCACUUCAUGGGGGCCUGGGUCUUGAACCGGCUCACCGCGCCGGGAUCCACGCUGUGCUCGAACUACUGGGGCAAAACUCUACGGCAGCGUCUGAUGCACGUGGAGGCCUGGGCAGAAAGACAAGGGCUGGAGCUGGCCGUUGACUGCCAUCUCAGUCGUAUAAUCCAGGCGACGAUGCUUCUAACCAUGACCUCUUACUCUACACGAGACGCCCAGAUGAUUCAGUCCACAUGCUACAAGCUGAACUCGCUACAGCUGAGAGCACUGAUGAGCCAAUAUCACUACAGCCCAAAUCAACCCCACUUUUCAGCCGCACUGACAGAGCGUGUAGCUGCUUUGGCAGAAACCACAACAGAUGUUCUGAGAGGAGAGGGUGGAGAAAUCCGACUGGAAGAAGAAAUGGACCUUCACCUGCCUUUCCUGUUGCCUGAGGACGGAUAUUCAAGUGAUUCCAUGCGUGGCAUUCCUAAGGGAUUUCAGGAGUUUUUAGAGCCCAUCUGUCGCAAAGGUCUCUGUAAAUUAAUUCCCCAUUCCAACUGCGUUGGGACUUGGAUCAUUUUCAUUAGCCCAUCGGAUCACUCCGCAAAGGGUUCAACUUGGACACCUGAACCAGUGAAAAUAACUCUAAAGAAACCUUUGCAUGGGGGAAUGGGAGUGAGCAUUGUAGCUGCCAAGGGGGCUGGACAGGAUAAGCUUGGCAUUUUUAUCAAAUCAAUCGUCCAGGGAGGAGCAGCAAAUGUGGACGGCAGACUGAAUCCAGGAGAUCAGUUACUGAGUGUGGAUGGCAAAAGUCUUGUGGGAGUGUCACAGGAAAGGGCUGCAGAGAUAAUGAUGCACACUGGGUCGGUCGUAUCACUGGAAAUUGUCAAGUCAGCAGCUAUAUAUUAUGGUUUUGAGGGAGUAUUUACCCAGUCGCCACAAACAACCUGUAAAGAUCCUGAUAACGUUGGACCAUCCAAGCAGAAGUCCAGUGUCUCUGAUCUUCACGAUAGUGCCGAACCAUCUGUUUCUGGUCCAUCAAGACCAUUAGAAACCUUCAGAAACCAGCACACAAUCAGCAGAGUGAACACUAAACAAAACCAGAAAUGGCUCAAGCAGAAACUGGAUUAUCGUUCCAAUCCCAACCUGGCAUAUAACCAGGAAAUGCCUGCUGAUUCAGUUCCUCCUGAAAAAAUGACAUUAUCCUUCUCCAUUGAAAAUCUAAUGGAUUCUGGGAAACAAAGAAACGCUCUUUCAAAUGCUCAGGCUCUUCACAGAGAAUAUCUGACCCUGCCAACAUCCAAACCGCACAGCAAUAAAACACCAAGAACUAUCGAACAUCCUCCACAUAUUGCUCCAUUCUCCAGGGAUCAGCAAAAGAUCAACUUUAUGAAACAGGCACUUUCUCAAGACAAUCUCUGGAGUGAAGAGAAAGGAGGUCCUCUAGAGGACAGACCGAGGUAUUUAAAGAAGCAGGCAGAUCUGAGCAAAUGGAACAGCAUUGCAACCAUAAGCCCAAUGGAUUCCAGUUUAUCCAGCCUGGGACACAGAAACGGACUCUGGAAGAUCCCGACAACCACCCAGUCCAUGCCUCUAUCGCAGCCGAAACGAAUGGACGUCCCAUAUACACCACAAGCCAACAGUCUUUCAUUCAGCACGUUCCGCCAGCCUGUGGAGACCCAAAUUACGUCUCCAGCACACCAUCGGUAUCAAAAACAGAGCAAUGCAUCACCGUCUCACAGACCACAGCAGGUUCUCAAGAAAAAAACAGUCGUCUUCCAAUCAUCUACGCAGACAUUGCAGAAGAGCUCAGCCUCUUGUCUAAGUGCGAACCCUCAGCAGAAAGGGCCCGAUAAGAUCAAAAAGCUCUCUGUUGGAGAUUCAUGGAAGCGGGAUGCUCAGGAUGAGCAACAGACUGCAGACCUGCUGCAACAGGAAGUGCAACAGCUGCAGGCCAAAGUGCAGAGCAGCAUAGAGGAGAGCGAACGUCUGCGCAGACUCUCUCUAGAGCUGCAGUUCCAGAAGAGACUGGAGGAGUUCCAGCAGAACGGUGAUGAGGACGAUGAUUAUGAGAGUGAUUCGGGGGCAGAACGGACGUGGUUUCAGACAGGAAGUGAUGUAGUGCAGAAAUGUGAAAACACUGAAACACCUGCUGACCAGCAAAAGGAAAGCCCCUUUACUAAAGAACCCAGUUUGAAGGAUGGAGUCAAAUGUGAAUCUACAGGACAUGACAAAAUGUCAUCUGAGAAGUUCUGUUCUGGUGAAGUAGAUCACAAAAGAUUCAAAGCACGACGAUCCCCAGAGAAUCUGACCUUUAAGGAGCGUCAGCAGCUGUUUUCUUUGGCAAUGGUCUCUUCAAGUAAAGUCAAAGUGUCCUGAUGAAAAGGCAAGCCUCAGACACUGUCAAUCAUUCGGACAAUAGUGUCUUAAAGGAUAAACAAGGCGGAAUAUUUCAUGAUUUAUUUCUAGACCCUCCUAAACUGCAUGCAAGCUGUAAAAUUGUAUACACAUAAGGUAAAUUCAUAUAAACUGAGCCACUUUUUCAUUUCUGUGACUAAAGAUGACCCACUUUAUCUGAAUUCACCAGUGUUUUUCACAUAGUGUCAUAAAAAAUAUACUCCAGGAAUGUAUUCAUAUUGGAAACAGGGAUGUUGUAGUGACUUUACCAGAUGUUUAGGUGAUAGCAAUUUAUACAUCCUUUAAGUCUUCAA